CGGAGUCCUGACCAUCCAAUGUCCAGCCAGCACAACAUGAGAGACACCAAACUACGGAACCAAAUUUAAUUGUUCGCUAUGUUUGGCCGAUGUUUUCUGGGGUAACACCGGUCUCAAUACAUGUGAAUUUCCAGCACGAUGAGAUGAGAUGAGAUGACACAAGAUCUGUCAGCAUAUAACCAGAGUGAUCACCAUGAAGCGUCUGUAUAUCGGGGGACUAAGUCACACCAUCACUCAGAAGGAUCUGAGGGACAGGUUUGGUAAAUUCGGUGAUGUACAGGAUGUGGAACUCAGGACCAGGAGAGAUGACGAAGGAGUUCCUUAUAAAACCUUCGGAUAUAUUAACUUAGAAAUUACAGAUGAUGGUUUCAAGAAAUGUAUGACUGUGCUGAACAAGUCCAAAUGGAAGGGGGGGACAAUACAAAUCGAGCAGGCAAAAGAAAGCUUCUUGCAGAAGUUAGCUCAAGAGCGUCAUGAGGCAGCAGAGAACAGCCAGUCACCCAGUUCCCACCACAAAGACAAACUAGUGGAAUCCUUGGAGAGGGCUGGGGUGGAGAACUUUCACAUGAAGGCAGCUGUUCCUGGGACGGAGGUACCUGGCCAUAAGGAUUGGGUUGUGAGUAAAUUUGGACGUGUCCUUCCAAUUCUCAAUCUCAAGUGCCAAGGAAGGAACAAGUUGAUCAAGUAUGACCCAUCGAAACACAGCCACAACAUCAAGAAGCUGGAAACUGCUGCUGAAGGCACAGACCUCACACCCGUGUCCCAACUAACCUGGGAGAUAUCAGGCGGGGACGAUGAGAUCAGCAAGAAAAGAAGAGGAGAGUUCCCACCACAGAAAGCGCGUCCCGCUAAAAAGAGAAAAGACACUCCUGCCAGUGCAGUGAUAAACCGACCGUCGGAAACUGGGUUGAAGGUUUUCACGACACCUGCGGACACCCUAGAAGUGGAGGAUGAUGACGAUAACCUAGAGGUGGUGGGCGAUGACUACAUACCCAAAACCUUCCUUGUAACACGGCAGCCGACUAAAAAUGUUUGCCAUCUUCCCCUUAGUUUGUCUAAAAAAGAUGAGGAGGAUUAUGACUCGGCCGAUACUGAUGAGAUCCUCAGCUCCAGAAAAACAGGUAGCACCUCCAAGCAGGACAAACUGCCUGAGGCGGAUGUGCAAAGUUGUCCCGCGCAAACCAACAACAUCAAAGAAACAGAUACUGUUAAAGCGAAGGCAGACAGAGUGGUCAAUAAAAAGUUGGUUAAGAAAGUGUUCACUGAAAAUAAUUCCCCUCCCUCUGAGUCUGAUAAUGAUAACUCAAAAGAUUUUUCAAAAGCAAAAAAGAUUGGUAAAGUAAUCCCUAAGAUGAAGUCUGUUGAGAAAGGUCUCGCUAAAAAGAAAUUCGCUACUCCUUCAGAAUCCGACGAUGAUGCUUCGGAGAAUGUUGUUUAUUCAAAAGCCAAAGAGCCUGUCAAAUACGCCCUCUCUGAAAAGUCCUCUUCUCCCCCAUCGUCAUCGGAUGAUGAAAAUGAAUCAGAUGAAAAUGACUCUGAGGCUAGUGCUGAUUCUGAAUACAAAGCCAUGUUCACCAAUUGUCAGCGCUUAGAGUUUUCACUGGAUGAUUUACAGCAGCUUGUUAAAGAAUCGUUUUUAAAAGGUCUGGACCAGGACAGUGACGAUGAGGAUCGUGAUUCUGAUUCAAAACCACCUGGAGCCAGUCAGGGGUCUGAGGAGUCAUCAAUAGAACCACUGAUUACCUCCGCCAAGGCACCUUUACCGCUAGUUAAGACAGGGAUGGGAAUCACACCAGAGGAGAUCCUGGCGGCCAUCUUGGAAGAGGACAGCAGUGACGAGGAGAAGAAGAGAAAGAAAAAGAAAGGAAAAAAGAAGGCAAUGAACACAUCCACAGCUCUUCCUGCGUUCCAGGGGACCAAGGCUCUUGGAGCCACAUCAACAUCGUCACAAAAUGCUGGACAGGAUGUUGGUCUGAAACAACCAAUUGAGGCAGAGGAUAAAAUAAACGCGUCCACGAAAAAACUGAUAUGUGACACAAAAAUAUUGUCUAAAUCCAGUGCCUCAGUAAUUUUGUCCGGUCCCAGUACCUCACGGGACGUCGCCGAGACGGUUCCAAAGCCUUCAAGAUCAGAAGACUUAAAUCCUCCUUCUAGCAGCUUAGGUAGUGAAGAAACAACUGAGUCGCCUGCACGCAAACAGAAAAAUACAUCCAAGGAGGAGAAAAGGGUGGACCCACCAGCGCCCUCAACGACAACCAACACGAAAUGGUCCGUGGCAGCGGAAAACUCGACUUCCAGCAGUAAUGGUUUCUCCAGUGAGGAGUCAGACAGCAGUGUGGAGGAGGAGGAAGAUGGCAGUGAGAUGGCUGUACCUGGAGCCUCCCAGAGCAUACCUGCCCAGGGGAAGACUGACGUGCCUAAAAAGCCCAUAAGUGCUGUCGGGCCUGUAGAUGCUAAGCAGCAGCUUCAGGACAACCAGCGGCGCCUGUCAGCCCUGGAACAGAGGCAGAGAGAGGCUGAACUGCAGAACAAACUCAUCCAAGACGCAUUGGCUAAAGUGGAUGCUCUGACAGCUGGUAAAGGCAAACAGCACAUCAAGUUCAGCUCUGAUGAAGAGGGGAGUGAUGAUGAUGAUGAUGAUGAACCAAGCUCCCCCAUACCCUUGACCCCCAAGAAGACUCUCUUCCAGGACAGCCAGUCUGACGAGGAAGAUUUACCAGCCACCCAGCAAGAUGGCAUCAAUGACAAGAGAUCUGAGAAGCUGGCGGGGAGCAAACUGUUUGACAGUGAUGAUGGCGAAGAUGAGGAGGCCGAAGAGGAAGGAAAAAGGUUUCAUAUUAAACCUCAGUUUGAGGGCAAAGCUGGAGCAAAGCUCAUGCAACUACAAUCAAGGUUUGGAACCGACGAGCGUUUCCAGCUGGAUUCCCGGUUUAUUGACAGCGCUGAUGAGGAUGACGUCCCAGAGAAAGAGGCAGUUCAGCCGGAGCCAGAGUGUGAACUCUCCGAGGAGAAGAGGAGGAGUCUGGGCAUCUUAAGUGACCUCCUUCACAUCAACAUCCAGCCGUCUGAUCCUAAUAAACCCACUGCGAAGGUCAAGACUUUCAGAGAUAUUUCAGCGCUGCAGUACGACCCGACCAAACAGGAGCACGCUUCCUUUGAAACUAAGAACGACCAGCCGAAGAAGGAAAGUAAGUUGGCGAGGAAGAAGAAGAGAGAGGAGGCUGAGAAGUUGCCUGAGGUCUCCAAGGAAAUCUACUACGAUGUGACUGUGGACCUGAAGGAGGUGUUUGGAGCUACCAGGGAUGAGAAGACCGAGGAGGUGAAGAACUUGGCCUGGGAUGAAGAGGAGGAGCAGAAGGAGGAAGAGCUGAGUCAUGCUAUGGAAGUAGAUCCAGUCAAAGAAUCAUCACUCCUGUCAACAAAUGAGGGAGAGGCAUCGUCCAGUUUCAAGUUCUCCUUCUUUGGUGAUGACACACAAGCAGAAACCACAACCGAGAAAGAGGAGUACCAAGUCCAGAUGCUGAAGGGGCCCAAGUUGUCCUGGCAGGCAGACCCUCGUUUUCGAGACAGCAGUGAUGAUGAGGAGGAGGAGGAGGAAGAGGAGAAGAGCAAGCCACAGACCAGCAUCGCUACACCUGCAGGAGAACCUGCAGCAUCAAAGAAAGCCUUUUUCUUCUUCCAGUUGGAAGAUGUGAGGUUGAAAGAAGGGCCUAAAGCCUUCUACAGGUCAGCCAAGCUGGAGGACCAGAGAGAAAUGUGGAAGGAGAAGAGGACAGGACUUGUAGAGGAGUACCGUAAAAAACACAAGGAUGCCAGAAGGAAGCUGAAAACAUCAAAAAGAAACUGAGAGAGAUGGAGAGACAGAGAGACGGAGAGAGAUGUGUCCUAGUUUCAUAUCCUUUAUUGACAUUAUGAAUGAGCUGGUAUUAUUUAAUUUGUAUUACAUUCUGUGUAGUACAUGAGCUCAGAAGGAAUGCGUUUAUCAUUAUAGUUGUAUAUAAAGAAUUAUGGCCACUUGCUUACAAAAGCAAAUGUCAUUCUCUGCCACCAGAGGGCAGGAGUUAGGCAUGGUUGUGCAGCUCACAGGGUUGAACUUCCUUGUGUCGGGGGUAGAAUGGGGACUGAGGUGCCCCUAGAUGUGGUUCUAGAUGCUGAUCCAGGGUUAGUUAGGCAUUUCUCCAACUCAUUAUUAAAGUUAGGAUGAUGCUUUAGGGGAAACUGAUCCUAGAUCUGUAUUUAGGUGAAAGUUUCACCAGUUGAGACGUCUGUCCGAAUUCCAUUUAAUCACACAGUGUAAAUAUGGUCUGUAACUACACAACUAUAUUAUGACUAGUUGUAAUGAUUUAUGUAUAACUGGCUGCAUUGACAUCCUUUUCUAUGGUGAAUUAAAACUACAGUGUCUUCAAAAAUA